GCAGGUCCUGCUGGCUUUCCUCUGGUGACCAUCCUGAUCAGCUGAGCUUGCUCUACUCUGCAGUUGUUUCCCGGCUCUGGCUCUGUAAUCUCUGGGACCUCCCUCUUUCCUGGGAAGAUGUUCCUGGUGGGCCUGACUGGGGGUAUUGCCUCCGGCAAGAGCUCGGUGAUCCAGGUGUUCCAGCAGCUGGGCUGUGCGGUGAUUGACGUGGACAUCAUUGCCCGGCAUGUCGUCCAGCCAGGAUACCCCGCACACCGGCGCAUCGUGGAGGCCUUUGGCACUGAGGUCUUGCUGGAGAAUGGUGACAUCAAUCGCAAGGUCCUGGGGGACCUGAUCUUUAACCAGCCUGACCGGCGGCAGCUGCUCAACGCCAUCACUCACCCUGAGAUCCGAAAGGAAAUGAUGAAGGAGACCUUCAAGUACUUCCUCCGGGGAUACCGCUAUGUGAUUCUGGAUAUCCCCCUGCUGUUUGAGACCAAGAAGCUGCUCAAGUACAUGAAGCACACAGUGGUGGUGUACUGUGACCGGGACACACAGCUGGUGCGGCUGAUGCGGCGGAACAGCCUGAACCGCGAGGACGCAGAGGCCCGCAUCAAUGCACAGCUGCCCCUGACGGACAAGGCCCGCAUGGCGCGCCACGUUCUAGACAAUUCAGGCGAGUGGAGCAUCACCAAACGCCAGGUCAUCCUCUUGCACGCUGAGCUGGAGCGCUCCCUGGAGUACCUGCCGCUGAGGCUCGGAGUCCUCACAGGUCUGGCUGGCAUUGCCGGCCUCCUCUACCUUCUCCUCCGCUACCUUCUGCCUUACCCCUAGCUGGGCACGCCAAGGCGGGAAGCCCCAGGCCUCCAUCUCCUUGGAGGCCGAAGCCAGGUAACACAUCCUGUUUCCUCCCAACCCCCUCAACACACACACACACACACACACACUC